AUCAUUCACGUAGUUGCGGAUGUCUCCGGCGUAAGCGCUGUCAUCGCAACGUUUUGUUUUCUGCUGGAGGUGCAGCAAGAGCGGCGGAGUCUCAGCAAGUUAUGGGCUCGUCUGGAAGCACCAGGAGAGUUACCAUCGUUAACGAAAACUCCCCGGAUGUCAUCAAGAUAUCAGACUCCGUUGUGAAGAGGCUGAAGGGAGAAUCCGACUCGAUUUCGUCCACAGUGGCCCGACAGACUGCUGCCGGUGCACCUUACGAACCGAGGACUGCCGCAGGAGACAGCCUUCAGAGCCGGAGGCUCAACCACGACGAACUGAAAAAAGUUGAUGACGUCUGGCGAGAAAAUUUGAAGGAGGUAGAACGGCAGAAUCAAGAGUUGUACAAGCUGGCGACCGACAAGUUCGCCGGUGCCGUAAAGCAGGUAGAGGAGCGGUACACCCAACAUACGUGCACUCCCGUCUGCGAGGUGCACCAGCAAAAAGUAAUGGAUUGUUACGCGAAGAACCAGCGCGCGCCAUUAAAUUGUUCUAAGCUCGUCGAUGCGUUCACAAAGUGUGUUCACGAGGCAAGAAAAGACAUUGUAGCUCAGUAGAAUGAACGUUAGGCGUGUUUGAUGUCUUCUGGGUGACAUUGAACCUUGCUUCUAAAACCAAUUUGCCGGUUAGAAAAAAUAAAGUUGUAACAAUAA